AUGUCCGAGUACUUGACGUUCCGUACCGAAGCGUCGGGUCGCCACGUUGGCAAGAAACACAUCAUUAUCGUUGGUGCGGGCAUCAUCGGCGUGUGCACCGCUUACUAUUUGGUGAAACACCCCAAAUUCGAUGCAGAGAAGUAUCACAUAUCCAUUGUGGAGAGCAAGCGUAUUGCUGGAGGUGCCAGCGGUAAGGCUGGCGGACUUUUGGCCCUCUGGGCUUUUCCCCAACAAUUAGUACCCCUCUCGUUCCAGUUGCACCAGGAACUAGCCGAUCUAUAUGAUGGUGAAUCUGAAUGGGAUUACAGACGCCUUACAACCGUUUCGCUUGAAGGUGAUUUGUCCCAUCUGGCCGAGCAGACGUCCAGUGACGAAGAGCAUGGCGAGAGUGACGCGGAAACCGUAGAAAUCGAAAAGUCGUCCUCCGUGAACCUGACGGGGCUGCGGCUGCUGCACUCGCUGGCAUCGCUGGGUUCUCCUCCAAAGAAAACGUCGCAGGUUCAGAAAUCUCGAGAUAACAGAAAGCUUCCUGAAGACUUGAACUGGAUCACCGAGGAACUCAUUACCCUGUGUCUGUCUUUGGGAGGUAAGGAUACCACGGCACAAGUGCAGCCUUACAGAUUUACCAACUUCAUUCUCAAAAAGGCCGUGGAGGAGUCAAACGGCGCCAUUGAAUUGAUUUUGGGUAAGGUCACCAAGAUCAUGUACCUGAUGGAGACAGGCGUAGCUACCGGAAUCACUUACGAACCCACCAGUGUCAAGACCACUCAAACAGAAACCAGCAAGUUGGUGACAUUGAAGGGAGACCAGAUUGUGCUUUCUGUUGGACCAUGGACCUCCAAGAUUCUUCCAGAUUGCCCCAUUUCUGGGCUCCGUGCACAUUCCAUCACAAUUGCACCAUACAAGGACCAGACGGUUUCUCCAUAUGCCAUUUUCACGGAGUUCAAGACUGGUCCAGUGAGCUACACGUCACCAGAGAUUUAUGCCAGAAAGGACGAAGUUUUCGUAUGUGGAGAGGGCGACUCGGCAGUGGAUGUUCCGGAGACCACCGACGAUGUUGAAGUCGUCAAGUCCAAGUGUGAUGAGCUCUUCAAGCAAGUGGGUAAGAUGUCGCCUAUGUUGCGACGCGGACGUAUUUUGAAGAGACAAGCAUGUUACUUACCUGUGCUAGAUGUUCCACUGUCGAGCGGGCCAUUGAUUGGAGAGACCAACGUCGAGAACUUGUUCUUGUGUCUGGGCCACUCGUGUUGGGGUAUCAACAAUGCGCCAGGUAGUGGUAAGGUGAUGAGUGAGUUACUUUUAGAGGGCCGUGCCAAGUCAGCUAACAUUCUGUCGCUCGACCCCUCAUUGUACUUCGAUGCGUCGGUGUUGGUGAGUGAUGAUGAGGAAGACUAUAGCGAAGAAGAGGAAGCAUAA